AUGGAUCUACUGCGACUGGAACAGCAGCGGCUACUGCUGGAGAAGAACCUCAAGGAGUUGCGGGCUUCUCUCAAGCAGUGGCAGACCUGGAGUGCAGAGUAUGAGGGCUUCAAGGAAGAGAUACAGGCGACACCUGGAACCCUUGACUUCGUGAGCAUCAGUCAAACGUACCCGGGAGAGCUUGUCAACGAGAAGGAAAUCCGCGACCUUGCUGGCUUGAACUCGGAUUCGCCACGCACCGCACAAACCAUUCUUGGCAUGAUCUCGAGGCGUCAGGAGUACGUGCAACAGAACAUUGAUACCAUCCAGCGACAGUUCUGGGAUGCAGAAGCGAAACUGGAGGAGCUCGACUUUGCUUCAUUCUCCGCAGCCCGCGAGGGAGGCAAUGGCAGCGGAUUACCUCUAACUGAGAUCCACGAAGAGCUGGACGAUGAGGGCAAUGUGAUUUCUUCCAGCUUGUCUCGACCUCUGGACUCUACCGCGCAAAUCGUGCACUCCCUCCGUAGAGCUGGUGUUGCGGAUCAGGACCUCGAUGGCACUACUGGAGGUGCAGAUUCGGAAGAACCUGGAGUCGAAGCGGCGCCGCCUCGUCCUGCGAUUAUCAACGUCGACAAGCGCUCUAAGACGAUCACCGAAGCUCGUGUGGUUAAUGGACACGGACAAGAUGGGCCAGACAGACCUCCAAUCCGCAAGAAGUCUGUCUCUUUCACCGCAGAUACGAAGCCCCCACCAACCCCACUACGUCAAGAUUCAGAAGAUGGCAAGAAGUGCGUCUCAUUCAACGACAAGGUCGCUGUCAUGCCUGCAGCUCCGCCGCCAGACAGUCGCAGCGUGUCAUUUUCAGCCCAGGUCGAGGAGAUUCCUGCUGAAUUGACGGCAACAGGAACGAAAGUCAAAUCAGAGACCGACUCGCAGAUCCAGACGGAUCUGAGAACAAUGUUCAAGCCUGGUGAGAAGGUCCACGAGUUCAACGACGACGAAGACUUAGCCGAGACCCACGUGGUGAUUCCUGAGGGAGAGUCGGAAGAAGACGCUCGCCUCCGACGAGAGAUGCUCGACUAUCACUUGCAUGAAGUAGGACACGUCGUGGCGCAAAUGGAGCUGGACGCUGACGACUACGAUCUGGAGGGUGAUGAGACAGCAUCUGCUUCAGACUUUGCGUCUUCAGACUACCUCGACGAAGAUACACCAUACACGAGCGGUUUGUCGGAGUCGGAAAACGAAAGUGAAGAUGAGUUUGGGCGUACGAAGAAGCCAGUAAUCGGUGACGAUUAUCACAAGGAGAUGCAGGAACUGCAGCGGAGGCUGAUAGGGAACCUGGGACCUGCCCCUAGCGACAGGGAUCUUACAGAGAUGGACGAGGAUCUCGACCCACAACACGUCCGAAAACUCGUGAUUCGUGAGAAACGCAGUUCUGUAUCGAGUAUGAGCUCCGAGGGCGAGAAGAAGACCGGCAGCAAGAAGCGCGUCAGCUUCGCACAAGAUCUAGACGUUGCUGAGCCAUCUUCAAAGGCUGCUAAAAUCGAAGGGGAGAACGCCGAGCCACUUGCAGAUGGCGUUCUCGAGCGCACGCCCUCCACCGCUGUAACCAUGCCACAGCCACCCACAUCCGGCAAGGUCUCGAAGUUCAGAAGCGCGCGCUCUUCUCCUGCUCCAAGCAGUGGCGCGAUUGUGACUGCAGACGAGAUUGACAAUUACCGACCCUCAGGACCUGCUGGCAAGAUCAUCGCCGACAAUUUGCUUGAGCGCACACCCACCAUGCACAAGAAUGUCGCGGCUCCUUCCGAGGACGAACCUAGUGACAUCAUGCAGCGACGAGAACUUGCUGCCGAGUACUACAGGCGACGGAACGAUAUGAUCCGACAGCAGGGCGGGUUCAAAGCCCCUGCAGAGGAGGACGGGGAAGAGCAGCUGAUGGAAGAGCGCGAGGAUGGCAAACUUAAGAAGGUCAGCCGCUUCAGAGCUGCCAGGAUCAAGCCCUCAUAG